AUGAGCAGCGGCUACAGCAGCCUGAAGGAGGACGCCGAGGACUUCUUCUUCACCGCCAGGACCUCCUUCUUCCGGAGAGCGCCUCAGGGCAAGCCCCGCGCGGGCCAGCAAGAUGUGGAGAAAGAGAAGGAAACUCACAAUUACCUCAGCAAAGAGGAAAUCAAAGAGAAAGUUCAUAAGUACAAUUUGGCAGUCACAGACAAGUUGAAAAUGACUUUGAAUUCAAACGGGAUUUACACUGGCUUCAUUAAAGUGCAGAUGGAACUCUGCAAACCCACCCAGAUGUCGGGGAAGCUCGCGCCCGGCAGCAACGGCUGUAUGAACACGCUUCAUAUCAGCAGCACAAACACUGUCGGGGAAGUGAUUGAGGUCCUGCUCAAAAAGUUCCUCGUGACCGAGAGCCCUGCCAAGUUUGCACUUUAUAAGCGUUGUCACAGGGAAGACCAAGUCUACGCCUGCAAGCUGUCAGACCGGGAGCAUCCACUGUACCUGCGUUUGGUGGCAGGGCCCAGAACAGACACACUUAGCUUUGUUCUUCGUGAACAUGAAAUCGGAGAGUGGGAAGCCUUCAGCCUUCCAGAGCUGCAGAACUUCUUGCGCUUGCUGGACAAAGAAGAAGACGAGCAGCUGCAGAGCCUGAGGUGGCGCUACUCUGCCUACAGACAGAAGCUGGAAGAGGCCCUGGGCGAGGGCUAGAAGCCCGGGUAGAGCGGCCGGCUCCCUGCCAGGAGGCCACGCGGCGGGACCCACGCACCCAAGUGCCUCGCUUUGCAGAGGGCUGUGUGCUCGCCCUGGGACGCUAGGGUCUUCCUCCUUUUCUCUCUAGAUCUAGUUCCUAUGACCUGGUCACGCAGCCUCCUGCACCUUUAGCCACUGUGUAAGGGACUCUGCUAGCUUGUUCCAUGGCAGCGAGCCGGGGCCCGCAGGCAGCCUUGGCAGGAGCGUCUAGAGUGCUUGG